AUCUCAUUAAUCUGUGGCAGUAAUUUUCUUAUUUAUCUGUGGUAGUAACUCUUUGUAGAUAAAAUUCCAGAUCUAUAUAUUUUGGUGGACCUAUUUAGAUUUCCAUGUGAUUCGAAUUAGAAUUAGUAAUAGAAAAGUUGACAAAUUCAAAACCACAUCACAUUCUGAAACUAAAGUAAAAUGUAGUUGUGUGAUUUAAUUUUAAUUGUUAUCUGUCACAAUAGACUACCAUUGGAGGCCUAAAAAUUUUGUUUUUUUCCAAUUCCUAUGCUAUUAAUUAUUCAGAGUUUAUAUUCAAGUUAAUGUAAAGCGUCAGGAUGGCCUGUUCGACAACAGAGAUGCAGGACAGGAUGAAAUUGUAUAAAUUCACGAAGAUUUUGACUUUGAAAGUGGCACAGAUUGUUGUACAAAGUAGACAAGGAAAAAAAAUAGGACAUAAUAUUAUUAAAGGUAGCGACGAGGGCCGGCCGGGGUCACCGCAUACUCUGCAGUGGUUCAAUCUAUCUAUACCUGAUGUGCCAGAAGUAAACACUGAUACAAAGAGAGUUUUAAAUGGCGAAGUUUUAGAAGCUCUUAGCAAUGUUCUUUGUAUUGAAAUAGUGCUUCGGACAAAUGACGGUGAUGAGAUGGUUCUAGAAGUGUGGACUGUUAGGCUCACACAGAAUAACUCUUGUGAAAGCAUUGCUUCAAUUUCAAAUAUUUACUAUCGUAUGAGCAUCAUGUUGAAAUCUACUCUGAGCAUAUCAAGGAUAACCCCAGCAUAUAAACUUUCAAGAUUACAAAAUCGAGAAUCAUAUCAGAUAUCUUAUAAAAUAUAUGGAGGUCUACCAGAGCUCAAUUUUUUAGGAGAGAAUCACAAAAGUAUAAAAGUCAGCGAAGUCCAUACCCCAAUAGGGAAUAUACAGAUAGAAGUGGCAUAUCGUACGAAAAUGAAUAUUCUGCCAGAAGAUCACAAGCCUAUGGAGAAGAAUGUGUUGCAGACCAGUGGUAACAUCAUGAUAAAAAGUGAUCAUUUCCCCAAAGAAAGUCCAAGGAGAAAUCUGAAUGAAAAGAGGGAACUGGAUUUGUCAAAGCCAUUGACAGCCGGAGCGUUUGUAGACACCAUUAAGAUCCAAGAGCUCCAUGACGCGCUGAGUCAGCAGAUCCCGCCCGAGCCCCCCAUGGCGUGGCUCCUAGCCGAGAAGGACAAGAUGGAAAAAAAAAUGAAGCUAUUAUCACUGGACGACCCAAACGAGGCGAGCACUAGUGAGCAGGCGUGCUACUCCACUGCAUCCAGCCUAGCCAUCGAUGUGCCCAAACCCAACGACGCCAGCAAAUACACCAGCCUUAUGGAAUUCCCGUUUGCGGAGGGCAGCCCCAUCGCCGAGUUGGCAAACUUCUACCGCGAGUGCAUGCAGGCGCGCUCGGCGAGCGGCGGCGAGGCGUGGGCCAGCGCGCCCGUGGACCGCGCGGCGAUGGCGGCGCAGCUGCGCUCGUGCGAGGAGGCCGUGCCGGAGUUCGACAGCCUCGUGGCGGCGCUGUGCGGGGACGGCGAGCCCGACGACCGCUGACACUGCGCCGUUGCUCGGUACCAGUGAAGUAGAUGUAUUCGGCUGUUACCGGUAGCGCAAGAAGAGUCAAAGGUUCUUGUUUUGUUCAUACGCACGCCGCCGCCGCAACGAAACCACGUCGAUUACGUUUCUUAUGUACACAAAAAUAGCAUUUCGUAGAUGUUUGACGAACGAACUUUAUUUUAGUGUCUGUGUGUGUGAAACAUUUUUACCUGGCAUUUCCAACAUGUUCACAUAUAGUGCAGUGAAGUGUUUAUGAAAGGAUGACGUUACACUGAAAACAUCUGCCGCGCUACGAUAAAUAUCGUGUAGAUAAGUCGACCAAUUGCGGUCGAAAAAUAGAAGAUUUGCGGAGAAGUAGCAUCUCUUCAUCAUCCCAAUACAACAAAAGAAUAAGCUGUAAGUCCGGUUUGCCGCUAUUGGUCGAUUUAUCUUUACGAGGUAUUGUGGUGCGUAUGUUAAGCCCACUGAAAGUCAGAUCUUGCGUUCCAUCUUCCACCUGUGUGAAGAUGAUGAGAUGCCAGUUAAAGUAAAUGAACAUUCGAAAAGAGUUCACACCCGAGUUUUUAAAUAGCAUUUGUAAAUAAAAUAUGCAUGUACCUACUGUACUGUACUUUAAAUUAUUAUUUAAAUAAUAUAAAAUUGAGAUUAUAUUUAAUUUAUGUGUGCCAAUAUUAAAAGUUUAGUGUGCUUUUUAUAUUGUAUAUAUAAUGAUUAUUAUUAGUUAAAUGAAUUGUCACAAAGAAUUAAGACCGUCGUACAUCUGACGAGGGGCACCUAAAGGCCAUUAGGUACUGUCAAACUAAUUAUCACAUAUCGUCAUCGGGAAAUCGCACACAUGUUAUAUUAUAAUAGUCAUUAAAAAUAUGUAGGGCAAGGUUGCCUUUAAGAAUGUGCUCUAGACUAUACGACAAGUAAAACUUUUUUCAAAAUAAAACAAUACAUAAAAGAGGAACUUCAAAAAUAGUAGCAGUUAAUAGCGCCAUCUCUCGUAUCAGAUUUGUUUUACUUCACAAGCUCCUACUAGUUAGUUCACAACUAUGCCGUUAAAAGACUAAACGAAUUCCAUAUAAUACCAUCACAUUGCCGUGUAUACAACUUAGAACGACUUUAGGCAACCAUUCCCUACAUAUGGCCAAUAAUAUUGAAACUAUUAUUUUCAAUCAGUAACUUGCAAAAUUCAACAAGAAUAGCAUAUUUUAUCGAAAGUUAGACGCCAGUUGAAAGUUUAAUAAAGUCAGAUAAAAUAAAUAUAAGUUUCUUACAGAAUUUUCUUGUACACCUGAUAAUAGAGUUUGACAGUGACAUAUUAGUACGAUACAUUUUUGUGUAUAGUCCUUGGACUGACUGCACACUGGGCUCUUAAUAUUUUUAUAAGUACUCUAAAGGAAUCCUAUAUCGGGCUACUAAAUUAGUAGCCACUGCCAUAUGCACGGUCAGUGUUAAACCUUUUCGCCUUACGCUGGUUAACCGCACGCGCGCAAUUACAUUGUCAAUAUAAUUUAUCUGAAAUGUAAUUAUUAUGUAUUUAAUGUUGAAGUCAACAUCACAUCUACAUCCUUAGAAUAAAAUGACGAAGUUUGCGUAUGCUUUAUAUCAGACAAAUGAGUAAAUACUGCGAUAAUAAGACAUAUUAUUGCCGCGAUAACACUAACGACAUGGUUCGAAAAUCAUGCAACUUUACUCCACUUUACUGACAAUAUUAUUGUGCGCGUGCGGAAAACCUAUUUGAUGAUGCCAUGGUAGAUGUUUGCCUUUCUACGACUAGAUUAGUUUUACUUGGCACAUCAACAUAUUCAAAUAAUGCCCGUUGUAAUAGAGCCUAUGAAGAUGUGACGCUACACUUCGUUCAUUCAUAUACACCACAGAAUGAAGUGAAUGUGUUGACGCCUCAAGUUUAAGUAAUCUUGUUAUGCGCCUGGUUUGCGCUAAUAUUAUGUUGUGUAAAGAAAUAAAAUACUGAUAAAGCCAAUAAAAUUGUUAUAUAUGAUUAUUAUAUAGUAUAGUACUUAUAUUAUGCAACUGUUAUCUGUAAUGAUAAACGAAAUAUUUAGGCGUAGAAAGUUUUUAAUCACGCGCUAUUUAUUAAGGUUAUAUGUAAUUUUUUACUAAAUAUAUUUAUUAUAUAGACGUUGUCCGCGUCCUAUAUACUUUGCGCGGAAGUUCGUUUCUCUAUGUCUCCGAUUACAAUGAAGUUGUUACGAAGUUAUUCUGUUUUUGUGUAACGUUACGAGUACAUUGGCAACAUUACUUGUUGUAGAAGUUUCGGAGGUUACCCUGAAAUAUUCAGGUUACUGAGCAAAUAGACCGACUGAUGAAAAAAUGUUUAUUUUCUUUAUUUUUUUUUAUAAUUAUAUUUAAAGAAACUAAAACUUAAAUUCGGUUAUAAAUAUUACUUAUUAUAUGCAUGUAAAUUUAGAUAUCAAAGCCGGACUGAGUAGAAAUGAUCAGCCUGACUAUAGUUCCCAUGCACCGUGCUCACCAACCGUGGCAUCGGCUUGGGCAUACACUACGAUACGACUCACCAUUUAAUCGGUUUCGCAAUUUUUGAUGAUAUUUAGAAAUCAUUAUUUUAGGAAAUGCAUAACAUUUUUAAAAAUUUAGUUUUUUAAAUAAUGACCUCUAUUGUACUUAAUCACUGUUAAUAAAACAAAUCAUAUAUUAAAUUGGAUUAGAUGACCAAGUCUAAUGCAAAUCAAAAUGAAUUUGUUAUGUACUAUUUAUUACGUUCAAUGUUAUUCUACUAACUGCUUACUUUGAGUAGUUGUCAUAAUCUGGUAAACUUAUUUUCAUCAUCUCUUAUUUUAAUCAAUUUAUUUAUUUAUUAGGUUUAUUUACAAUUACUUACACUAACUUAAAUAAUAUACGAGGGGAGGUCAAAAAGUUCGCGCAGUGGAGGGGUUGGUGAGGGUAGGUUUUCCGAUUAGUUGGAGGGGAAUGGGAAUAUUGGUCAUAUUGUAAAAAAAAUAUGGCAAAUAUUCUUAAAAAAAAAUGAAAGCCUAAGCCUUCCUAACUGAAUCUGAAAACUGUAUUAGAAUUUAGGAAGAAUAUAUUGAAAAUGAAAAAUAGUUGGUUUGGUUUAAAUCUCCUUCCUGGGUCAUUGCACGAACUUUUUGACCUCCCCUCGUUUGCAUGGAAAUUUUAAAAAAGAUGAUUAAAAGAUGGUGGUGAAUUUUAACGGUGUUAUGAACGUCUAUUGUAUAAUAUGAGAUUAAAUAUUUUGACCGUUUCUGGGUUUCUUAAUCCGGGAGUCAAGUUACAUUGACACUGUUUAUAACUGUUUGUACUAUUUACAUUAUGAGGCUAUUUAAAAAGCAGGGACUUGCGCUUUGAUAGAUACAUAAAAGACUAGAGGGCGUAACUUAUAGUUAAUUCAAAAUGUUUAUUAUUUAGUAUAUUAUAUUUAUAUACCGAUAUUAUUAUAAUAAUAACAAUUGCUUAGAAAAGUUGGUACUACUGCUGAAUUUUUUCUUCUUUCUAGCGUGGUCCCACUAUAUGGGGUCCGCUUUCCGUCAUAUUAUGGCCCACUUUGCCUGAUUUCUUAAGUUUGUUGGCUCUCAAGUCGACGUUUCAAUUCACGUUAGCGUUCUGUGAGAGAGCCAAUGUUCCAGGUGGCAAAGUGGGUUUUUGAUACUAACGUCUUAGACCGCGCACAUACCUUCCCCGGUAGCCCGUAGCGACGACCGCGCGUCGUUUUGUAGCGACGCCCUAACCAUGAACGUACCAUUUCUUGUUGUUCUCUCCAUUGUUGAUGUGGUGGUUGUACAAAUACAUAUAUGUGCGGAGCGACUGCCGUCUGACCUCCGCACUGUACUAGUCGUCUGAACCUCGUUUUUUGAGUGAGGUUGACUUUAGACCGCUAAGGUGUUGGUGCGGCCUAGGUACUACCGCAUGUAUUUUAAAAUAUAUAUAUUUGCGAUAUAAGAUGGCCGUUAUUGACCUAUAAACACAACAGUAUUUUAAAAUAAUAUCUUCUCGUAUCAUUAAUUAGAGUCACUUGUAGCAGCGUUACGUUCACAAUUUAUAUACACACGUCAAAACAGCCUUCUUAUUGAGUCAUCGUAGUGUGCAAAAUCACAUUAUUUCAAAUAAACACAUAUUAUUAUUUUACUGUACCAUUAUUUAAUAAAUAGUUGUUAACAUUAUUAACAGGGACGAUCGUAGCUUACGGGUGAUCGCACAUUAUCGCACGCCUCAUUUUGCAUUUAAAGGCCUCUUAAGUACAUAAAUGUUUAAGCACAUUAUAUAAACGGUUUACCUAUACGUGAUUAAUAUCAGCAACGCGCUGUGACAUCCGAUAAUUUGAUAUUACAUUCAAAGUAUUACUACCUAGAAUGUAAUAUCAAAUGAGAGGUGAGUAUCAAAUGCCCUCAUUGGCAAUUCAUGCAUUCGCGAACAAACUAAAUGCGACCAUUUUGCGAUUCCAUAAUUAUGAUUAAGAAACUAAGAUGGGUUAUUAGAUUAUAUCAUCUUAUCUUUUUUAUUGUAAGGAAUACUUAAAAAAUACUUAUUACGCAUGAUUAAAAUUAAACUAUUUAAACAAUACGAUUAAAUUAUUCCGAUUACAAUAUGGUCCCUUUCAGAGACCACGUGCAGGGACCACUGAGAAUAAAUGCUUGGAACGUAUCCUAACAUCGUACAAUUUUAUACUAACUACUAAUUAGUAUUCUAUAUUCAACGCAAAAACCAAAAUCAUCUAUAUUUGGAUAGGAACCUACAAGGAGGUUUUUGGUUUUUGUCAGAUUGCAACAAAAAAAAAUCAUGGGGUGCGUGCUGCAAAGUGCGAUUGCCUUAAUAUAUACAUAACAUUAGGAAUUGUUUUUGAAAUAUUGUAUUUAUUGGCCUUUGUAUUAAAAUAUGGCGGUUGACAUCGUAUGCUAUUUGUUUUGGAUAUAAAUAUAUAUACAGGC